AUGAAGUAUUCUGGUUCUGGUAGCGGACGAGGCCGUGGAACACUAAAUGAACACGGGAUCUUGGUAUUCAAGUCUAAGAAUUUGGAUGCUGAGAGGAGAAGAAGAGACAAACUUAACGCCAGACUAAUGGAAUUACGUUCCAUAGUUCCAAUUAUCACUAGUAUGACUAAAGCCGCUGCAAUUGACGAUGCCAUAACCUAUAUCAAAGGGUUACAGAAACAAGUAGAAGGCCUUGGUGAUUGUCUAAACCAAAUGGAUGUUGCAGUUCCACAGGCACUAGAAGAAGAGAGUAUCGCAGGCAAAGUUGAAUUGGAUCAAAAUAUUGAGAAAUACACUAUAGAGGAACAAGUGAAAGUAACCAGUUUAGAAGGAGAUAAUUUGAGUAUCAAGAUAACUUGUUAUUCCAAGAGAGGAAUUUUCACCAGAUUACUGGAGCUAAUAACUACUCUGGGGUAUGAAAUUAUGGACAACAAUUUCACCUCAUUCAAAGGUGUUUGUCUGACUACUUUGUCUGUCAAGGGGAAUCGAGUUGAAAUUACUGAAUUGGAGAAACUUGAAGAGUUAUUGCUAAAAGUUGUCAGAGGUUUGAACAGUAAUGUGCAAUUGUAA